AUGCCGCCAACCCACAACCCCCAUCACCAAUCCUCACCCAUCUCACUCACAAGAUCCCUCUCUAUCUUCCUCCUCCCCUUCCUCUCCCUCAUAUCCCCCUCCCACGCCAACACCGAAAAAGUAAUCUUCACCGCACCCCCGCCCGCCUCACUCUCCAGCCUCGACGCCGCCAUCCACAAAGACCUCCCCGUCCUCGGCCCUUCCACAAGCUGGUCCAUACGCACCAACCUCAGCCGCGUCUUCCCGCUCAAUCAGCAGGACGAGGAGCAAGGCUACCCGUCAUGGCUGCUGCUCGACAACCUUACACCAGGACAGCGCUAUGAGCUUCGUGUCUGCUGGUCCGCACUUGAACCAACGGCAUUCACCCUAGACACAUACCCCCUCACCACCGUCCUCUCAACACCAGCACUCCUCCAAUCCCUCACUCAAAACGCCAAAUCCGCCCACCAACAUCAAUCUCACCAAAGCAGCCAAGAAGGCUCACCACCAAACAACGACGACAACUCCGUCCUCCUCCUCCGCGUCCUCGCCGCAGCCGACUACUUCUCUCACCACCCCUCACUCAUGAAGGACCCUCCCCCCGUCCUCGUCGAUUUGAUCCUGGACCCGUACCUUUACAACGUGCUUCCGCAGUCACUGGUUCCGACAGUGUGCUAUCUCGUCGUCGUCGGCGUCGUGUCAUGGUUUGUAGCAAAAUGGGUGGCUAGUUCACUAACUGCAAUUGCCAGCUCUACCAAGAGUGAGCAGACAAAGAAGCAAAAUUAA